AUGGAGAAGUUCCAGGCAGCCAUGGUUCUCGGUGCCGUCGGCGAUGCCUUGGGGUACAGAAAGGGCAGAUGGGAGAGCUGCACGUCAGGCCGUCAGAUCCAGGAGGAACUGGCGUCUCUGGGGGGCCUGGGGGCCCUGAGGUUGGACGCCGAUAACUGGCCUCUCAGUGAUGGAGUGCUGAUGUUCAUGACCACUGUGGAGGCACUUGUAACAGACUACUGGUGUCUCGAGGAUCUGUACCGGGAACUAGUGCGUCUCUAUGUAGAAGCUAUGGUGUCUCUCCAGGGAAGAGCCCCCGAUCCUGCGACCGUGGAGGGCUGUGCUCACCUCAAGCCAAACAACUUCCUGCUGGCCUGGCACACACCCUUCAACGAGAAAGGUUCCGGGUUCGGGGCAGCCGCGAAGGCCAUGUGUGUGGGUAUGAGGUACUGGCAGCCAGAGAGACUGGAGAAUCUGGUGGAGGUCAGCGUCGAGACGGGCAGGAUGACACACAAUCACCCGACAGGCUUCCUAGGUGCCCUGACAACGGCACUAUUUGCAUCCUACGCAAUCCAGGGGAAACCCCCCGUAGCGUGGGGCCGCGAACUCAUGAAGGUCAUCCCGAAGGCCGAGGAGUACUGUAGGAAGACCAUACGACACAUGGCAGAGUAUCAGGAAAACUGGUUCUACUUUGAGGCCAAGUGGCAGUUUUACCUGGAAGAGCGGGAGAUAGAGAAGGAGGGGCAGAACAAACCCUUGUUCCCCGAUCGCUAUGACGCCGAAGAAACAGACAAGAUGUAUAAACGGUGGAGCUCAGAGGGCCGCGCUGGCCGUAGGGGCCACGAUUCCCCCAUGAUAGCCUAUGACGCUCUUCUGGCAGCAGGGAGCGACUGGACAGAGCUCUGUCGGAGGGCCAUGUUCCACGGAGGUGAGAGUGAAGCCACAGGUCUGAUAGCAGGAUGUCUCUACGGCCUCAUCCACGGCCUGAGCCACGUUCCCAAAGAACUGUACCAGGAUCUGGACAAACGAGAGCGCAUAGAGGAGCUCGGAGCCGCGCUUUACAAUGCAGCGUGUGCAGAGAAGUGCUUAGAAAAGUAAUCCAGCUCAAUACUGGCCCGAACCCCACGUCCUACCAGAGAAACCGCAUGUUGUUCUGUGAACCGUUUACCUUUGUCCAACACUGACCACUACUGGUCAUUGGUGGCAUCUAAAUUAUCUUGCAAUUGAACCGAAAUCAGGAAUCAGAUUUAGCUUUUCAUGUCUAAA